AUGACCAAGUUAUCCAAGUCCUAUGAUGUUGAUUCUGGCCUUGGUUUCUGUGAAUGGAUCCUGGUGAUCACUUCAUUUGUUUUCACUCUUUUUACAUUGCCUAUAUCAAUCUGGAUGGCCAUAAAGAUUGUGAAGGAGUACGAGCGAGCCGUCAUAUUCAGGCUGGGACGCAUCGUGAAGGGGGGAGCAAAGGGACCAGGUUUGUUUUUUGUCCUACCCUGCACAGACAGCUUCACCAAAGUUGAUAUGAGAACUAUCUCCUUUGAUAUUCCUCCUCAAGAGAUCUUGACCAAGGACUCUGUGACAAUUAAUGUGGAUGGAGUGGUUUAUUACAGAGUUCAAAAUGCCACCCUUGCUGUAGCAAAUAUAACCAAUGCUGACUCAGCCACACGCCUCUUAGCACAGACCACUUUGAGGAACGUUCUGGGGACCAAAAACCUUUCUCAGAUUCUCUCUGAUCGUGAAGAAAUUGCCCACAGCAUGCAGGCCACACUUGAUGGUGCAACAGAUGAUUGGGGCAUUAAGGUGGAACGUGUGGAGAUCAAGGAUGUGAAGUUACCUGUCCAGCUGCAGAGAGCAAUGGCUGCAGAAGCAGAAGCUGCCCGGGAGGCGAGAGCCAAGGUAAUUGCAGCUGAGGGUGAAAUGAAUGCUUCCAGGGCCCUGAAAGAGGCAGCUAUGGUUAUUACAGAGUCCCCUGCUGCUCUUCAGCUCCGUUAUUUGCAGACCUUGACCACCAUUGCUGCAGAAAAGAAUUCCACCAUUGUCUUCCCACUGCCUGUAAAUAUGCUGCAGGGGCUCAUAGGUGCAAAUCACUAGGUGGAGUGGGAGGAG